CGCGCCGGGGCGGAGCCGCCCUCCCCGCAGGUUGGGCCUCCUGCUCCCGGCUUGGUCGCGCCGGCCAGCACCUCCAAGAGCAGCUGGAUUCAGGCUGGAGAAGGUGAGCUCUGUACCUUUCAGCCCCCGGAAUCGCCGUCUCCGCACACCAUGGCCCGAGUCUCGACUCUGCUUUCUUCCGUCCCGACCUAGAAGUUUCGGGUUCUGUUGACCCUCAGAGACUGAACCAAGACCCAGGUCCCGGCCCCGGAGGGGCAUUCCGUAGGGAGCCCCGAGGACCUGCUGAUCCCGAGGCUCGUGUGUGCCGUGCCGGGGAGUCCGGUGCGCUCGGACUCGCCUUUGUGCCCUGGGACAACCCUGCGGUCCCCAGCAGCCGCUCCGCUCCGCGUCCCCGCCCAGAGACACCGAGGCACGCAGGUAUCAGCCUACGCCGGCUAAGUCCCAGCACUGUUCCAGCCGGACGCCGCGGGGACACCUCCCCACAGCCCCUCUCCUGGCUCUCGGACCCCCCGUCCCGGCACACACACCUGCCUCGGGACCCGCCCCUCGGAGCCUCCUGCGCGGUCCUCUGCGUGCGCAGACAUGAGGCCAAUUAAGCCAGGCGCCCCGCUGCCCGCGCUCCUCGUGCUCGCUCUGGCUUUGUCCCUGCCCGGGGCCCAGGGGAGGCCCCGGGGUGGCAGGGGAGCACGUGCCACGGACCAAGAACCCAAGUCGUGGCUUUUCCUCCCCGCGGCCAGGGCCGGCCCGGCUCCCAACGCCUCCCGGAGCACUGAAAUAUUCCCAAGAGAUUUGAAUUUAAAAGACAAAUUCAUAAAGCAUUUCACAGGGCCAGUCACAUUUUCAGCUGAAUGUAGCAAACAUUUCCAUCGACUCUAUCACAACACCAGGGAUUGCUCAACACCAGCUUAUUACAAGAGAUGUGCUAGAUUGCUAACAAGAUUAGCAGUGAGUCCCCUGUGCUCACAGACCUAGAAGACUUGCCUUAUGAACAUUUCUUAAGAAUGUAAAUCUGAUUUGAAGAAAAAAGUGCCUGGAAUCAUAUUAACUGUGCAAAGAGAUGAAGUAUCUAACUUUAUGGUGUAUUAAGAUGAGUAAAAUAAGAGACUUCUCAGAAAUAACUGAUUAUUUGUGUCUUUUCUUACAGAGCAGUCUUUCUUGGUUUAUCUUUGUGUACAGAGUAAUUUGAAAUUUUUAAAAAACAAAGUUUAAAUCACACAACGUAUAUAGAAUAUUAAAAAGUAUGAUAUUCUUUUAUUUUUGCUAGAUAUAUAUUAUUUUCUUUUUCUUUUUUUUAAGAUUUUAGUUAUUUGACAGAGAGAUAGAGCACAAGUAGGCAGAGCGGCAGGCAGAGGGAGAGGGAGAAGCAGCCUCCCUGCUGAGCGGGAAGCUGAUGCAGGACUCGAUCCCAGGACCCUGGGAUCAUGACCUGAGCCGAAGGCAGACGCUUAACUGACUGAGCCACCCAGGCACCUUAGAUAUAUAUUAUUUUCUUACAUGGUUAAUGUUCCAUAUAGGUAUGGAUUAAAUAUAUAAUUAUGUAAAUUAUGUCUGAGAGUGCCGGUGAGAAAUGAUUUUUGGUAUAUGAUUUAAGUAAUAUGCUUGUUGAAUAAUCAUGUAUGAAGUCCACUUUUGUAACCCUUUUUAAUAAUAUUUAAAUACAUUUAUUCAGAAUUUGUCUUUAAU